AUGUCAUGUAGCAGGACAAAUGACUUCAAAUACGUACAAGCAUUGACCGGCCACACGGGUUGCGUGAACGCACUUGCACUAAGCAGGAACAUUGGCAGGUAUUUGGCCACCGGCUCCGAUGAUAAACGCAUAAUACUGCACGAUCUCUUUUCAAAGAACUUCGAUCGCCAGCCCGUAGUUCUCCACGGCCACGAGAACAACGUGUUUUCUAUAAAAUUUGGAAAGCAGGACAGCCAUGUGUACUCGUGCGGCUUGGAUGGAUUUUCGUUUGUGUACGAUCUUAACAAGUCGAAUCGACCAUUUUAUCGAGGAGGAAAUGCGUCCGAACAGGCGUACAAGAUUGAUGUGAAGAAGGACGAUGACAAUUUAUUCGCCGUGGCGAGCACACAGUCGCUCGAGCUCUUUGAUCUACGGAUGCGUGCGCCGUAUAACGAGUUAGCGUGCCGCCAGCAGCUUUCAACGGUGAAUUACCACCCUAUUGAGCAGAAGAUACUGGUCGCAAGUAUGAAGGGAAAGCUGGAUUUACUAGACGAGCGUAAACUUGACAGGCCGUAUCUGAAAUAUAACACCGCACUGCGAUACUACCCCUCUUUUUUUCAGCAACGAGCAUCUGACGCGGUCACUCUUUUUGAGGAAUUUGGUUUCUCUGGGAGCGAAACCAUUAGGUUUGAGCUGCCAAUGUCUAAUGCCACAUUUAAUUAUAACGGUGAGCUAAUCCUUGCCUCUCCUCUAUUCUUUUUUCCUACCCUGUACCGAACGUCUGAUGCCGAUCCUCAGGUUAUUUUUUACGCACGUGAGCUGAGACAUAUCUGGACAAUGAAGAAUUUCAAUUUUGGCGGGCCAUACGACAAAAUGGUCCUUGCAGGGAGCGACAAGAAAUUGGGGUUCUUUUGGCAUCUGCCUGACACAUUUUACACAGGGCUCGAGCAAAGAAAGAGCACGGAACAAAGAAACAGAAGCAUUUUUACACAGCAGGGACGGUUUACAAGUCAGCCAACGACAAAUCUGAACCUGGAAAGAGAUGUGUUUUUGGCACAGCCGUUCAACGAAGCGAUUUCUGACACGGUCGACUUCUUUUCCAACUCUUCGUAUGCAGGGAUCCAGUUCAAAGAUGCCAAAAAGCCAUUUGAUGUGAUACAAACGUACGGAAAGCUCCUGAAUGCCAGGGGUAUGAUCAAUAGCGUAGUUAUGCACCGCAGGAUGCCGCUCAUUUUCACGGCCGGCGUAGAGAAUAUUGUCCACGUGUAUUCAAAUUUAGAGCUGGGCCAUGUUACUAAAAGUUACAACCAGAACUCAGAAACAUUGAAUAUUUUUGAGCAACUGCUGCAACAGAACAACCUCAAUGAUUUAUUCUAAUAUUCAGUGGUUUACAGCAGGUUGUGAUUAAAUGUAAAUUAUAAGCAGUCAUCUUUUGUGAAAAUGUCGCCUUAAAUGAUGUACUGGGAUAGAUGGCUCAUUCAGCGUUGGUACAAAAGAGUUGUUUCGGGUAGACAUUUGUCUUUAUGGGAAUUUUCUCAGAUACAUUUGUCUUUAUGGGCAUUUUCUCAGAUCGGUGUGUUCAGCGCCCUUGAUUUCUAUUAUAUCUGAUGAUCGGCUUUUAUCCAGUGACAGAGACCCUCGUAAAAGAAAAGUCUUUAUUUUAUUACGUUUUCAAUUAUAUUUUGUAUCUUUCU